CUCUGCGUUGCCCCCAUGCCCAUCUCAGGCAUGCCCUCGUCUGUGAAGGCGCUGGGUCCGGCGAGGCCCUCCGGUACCAGUAUGGGCCCCCAGGCCCGCUGCUGCUCGCCUGCGGCCCUGCAGAGGAGGCUGCCCAUCCUGGCCUGGCUACCUGACUACUCCCUGCAGUGGCUGAAGAUGGACUUUAUCGCUGGCCUCUCGGUGGGGCUCACAGUCAUUCCGCAGGCGUUGGCCUAUGCUGAGGUGGCUGGACUCCCGCCCCAGUAUGGCCUCUACUCUGCCUUCAUGGGGUGCUUCGUGUAUUUCUUCCUGGGCACCUCCCGGGACGUGACGCUGGGCCCCACGGCCAUCAUGUCCCUGCUCGUCUCCUUCUACACCUUCCACGCCCCCGCCUAUGCUGUGCUUCUGGCCUUCCUGUCGGGCUGCAUCCAGUUGGCCAUGGGGUUCCUGCACUUGGGGUUCCUGCUGGACUUCAUCUCCUGCCCGGUCAUUAAAGGUUUCACCUCUGCCGCUACCAUCACCAUUGGCUUUGGGCAGAUCAAGAACCUCCUGGGGCUGCAGAACAUCCCGAGGCAGUUUUUCCUGCAAGUGUACCACACCUUCCGGAACAUCGGAGAGACCAGGGCGGGCGACGCCACGCUGGGGCUGGUCUGCAUGGUGCUGCUGCUGGUGCUGAAGCUGAUGCAUGACCACGUGCCUCCUGUCCACCCUGAGAUGCCCCCCGGCGUGCGGCUCAGCCAUGGGCUGGUUUGGACUGCCACAACAGCUCGCAAUGCCCUGGUGGUCUCCUUUGCUGCCCUGGUUGCAUACUCCUUCGAGGUGACCGGAUACCAACCUUUCGUUCUAACUGGGGAGAUAGUCAAGGGGCUUCCUCCAGUCCAGACCCCUCCCUUCUCAGUGACCACUGCCAAUGGGACAGCCUCCUUCACCGAGAUGGUAAAGGGCAUGGGGGCUGGGCUGGCCGUGGUGCCCCUGAUGGGUCUCCUGGAGAGCAUCGCGGUGGCUAAAUCCUUUGCUUCUCAAAAUAAUUACCGCAUCGACACCAACCAGGAGCUGCUGGCCAUCGGCCUGACCAACAUGCUGGGCUCCCUCGUCUCUUCCUACCCUGUCACAGGCAGCUUCGGACGGACAGCUGUGAAUGCCCAGUCGGGGGUGUGCACCCCAGCGGGCGGCCUGGUGACAGGCGUCCUCGUGCUGCUGUCGCUGGACUACCUGACCUCGCUCUUCUACUACAUCCCCAAGUCCGCCCUGGCCGCCGUCAUUAUCAUGGCCGUGGCCCCCCUGUUCGACGCCAGGAUUGUCCAGACGCUGUGGCGUGUGGCGCGGCUGGACGUGCUUCCCCUCUGUGUGACAUUCCUGCUGUGUUUCUGGGAGAUGCAGUACGGCAUCCUGGCUGGGGCCCUGGUGUCCACCCUGAUUCUCCUGCACUCCGUGGCCAGACCCAGGAUGCAGGUGUCAGAGGGGCCAGUACUGGUCCUGCAGCCGGCUGGCGGCCUGCACUUCCCCACGGUUGAGGUCCUCCGGGAGGCGAUACUAAGUCGGGCUCUAGCAGCGGCGCCCCCACGCUGCGCAAUCCUGGAGUGCACGCAUGUCUGCAGCAUCGACUACACUGUGGUGCUGGGGCUCGGGGAGCUCCUGGAGGACUUCCACAGGCAGGGCGUCACCCUCGCCUUCGUCGGCCUGCAGGUUCCUGUCCUCCGGGUCCUGCUGUCCGCUGACCUGAAGGGCGCCCAGUACUUUACCUCGCUGGAAGAAGCAGAGAAAUGCCUGACCCAAGAACCAGGGACCCAGCCCUACAAUAUCAGCGAAGAUUCUGUCCCAGAACACAAGGUCGCCCUGUUGAGGGCCUAGUUGGGCCAUUGAUGGGUGUCGAUGUUUGGAGGGUCCCCCUGAGGGUUCUUGCCACAGUGAUGCUGGACACCAUCUGUAAUUGCACUGGCCUGAGGGCUCAGGAAGCCUGAGCCGGUGUCCCACAGGAGGAGGGGUCCUCGGGCGACUCACUGGAUUCAUUCGGGACGACCGAAAAAUUACCUCCCUACCGUUCCCUGCGCGUGAACCCCGUUCGGAAGAGUGGUUUGGAGAGAGCCUUCUAGAAUGACAGACCCGUGGGAGCAAGCAGGUCCAGGAGAGGGGGGCCUCGCACCCUCGUGCCUUCCUACCUGCGGCGGAGCGAGGGGCCAUCCCGGAGGUGGGUUCUGAGCUUGACGGUGGCGUCUGCUGUGGCCGGGAGGAAAGCCACGGUGUGCAAAUGACCUGACGUGUCUGUGAGAAAUAAUUUUGAAGUUUGUAUUUUUUAAAUUUAAAAAGUAAUUGUUUUGGUGUUUUUGUGAUAUUCAUAAAUGCUCACUGUAAAAACUAUGGCAGCUACAGUGUGCCUGGUGGCAGCUCGGACCCUUCCCCCAGUAUCCGUUCACAUGGGUGUGUGUUCACAGUCUCACACAAGUGGGCCAUUUCAUACAUGGUGCUCCGUGACCCACAUUUCUGUGCAGUUCAGUGCUGUGAAUUCUUGUUCUUGAGAAGAUAAUAGAGAAGACGUGGUUGUUUGUGGCUACAUGGUGGUUUUUUCUGUGGGUCACAGCCCCUGCGCGUGGACCUCUGCCUGUGCCCAUGGGCUCUAAGUUCACUCCCAUGGCAUUUAGAGUUAAGCCCUGCAUGUGUUGCAGCUGAGGAAGGUGACACUCCUGGACUUCCUUCGGGAAAGAGCUUGCUGUCCAGACAGCCGACUGCGGGACCCCAGGGCCACCCGCGUUCCCGCUGAGCCACGUUCUGCCCGGGGCAUCCUGGCCGGUCUGUGAGCCCAGCAAGGGGACCACCCACAAGCCUAAGUCUUUUCCAGAUUCAGGUCCCCUGUCUUCCGUCUUUCUCCCUCCAUCCCCCACCCAGGGCCGUCCGUUGUGGCCUGUGCUCGCAUACCAAACACACCCAUUCCUGAACCGAGAGCUCAGCCCACUCACAGAGCCGGGCAAAUGGACACACUCACAGCCACCGAAAACCACGCGCCACCCCUGGCUUGGCGCUCCCACUUGGAAAUCCAGAGCGUGUCCUGGGAGCAGGUCCAAGGAUGUUUAUCAUGACCUCGUCAGCAAUUUCAGAAAAUGAAAGCAACCUAAACCCCUCAAUUUAGGAUCGUCUCGAACGUGAAACAAGCAAACCGUGGCCGGUGUGUGGCAUCUGAAUGGGGAGGAGCCACAUGUAUGCACAGACCUGAGUGAAAGGAGCGAGCUGCUCAGUGGUGUCCUUCCUCAAGUGCCCCUUGUGUGAAGACAGCCGUUGACCAACGCCGGGACUGUGUGUGCCCGUUUAGAACAAAGUUCUGGAAGGACGUACAGCCAGCGGCUAAAAGUGAUUACUGCUCAGUGUGACAGUGUUUGGGUUGACUUUAACCAUAUCUUACGGUUUAAUUGUUAAAAGAACAAUACAUUCCUUUGUAAUUAUGUUAUAUAAUUCAAAAUCAACCUAUGGUUACAUUAUAGGUUAAUUAAAUUUAAAUUUAACUUAU